GUAAACUAUAAUGGAGGGUAUGCAAAAAUCUUCUUUCUAAAACGAUUUUAUUAAAAUGACAUUGCAACAGGGAUUUCAACUGAAAUAAUUUGACAGAAAUUUGCAAAUAAGUAGGUGGUAAAAUGGAUCCACCAGCAGAACCUGUAGUGACAGGAAAUGCACCAAAUUCUCGACCAAACAGUUCAAGGGCAGGCUCCAGGAAUUCUGUAAAGUUUCCAACAUCUAAUCCAUUGCCACCAAUUGGUGCUAAAGGUGACCAUCAACCCAAAGAAGAAUCUGAUUCAGAGACUGAUUCAAUCCUUAGUGAUGAUGAAAUAGGAAAGGGAGAUGAUGACACAAGAUCUACUAAAUCAAAUAUUUCAAGAGUAUCAUCAGCAUCUUUAGACAAACCUGGGACAGGAAGUGCAAGACCAUCCAUAGUUCGAGGUUUUAAACGUGAGAUAUCAGUUGACAGAGAUUCAGAUGAUGAACGUUCCUCUAGAAGAUCUGUAACAUUCUCAGGAGACAAAUCUAUGGCAAGUAAACAGACAAUGGAAAAAGUAACAUAUGAUGGAAGAAAAAUAACCUUUAUUACUCUGAAUACUCAAACAGACUGGGAAUGGUAUCAAGAUCAUGGUGAAGAAGCUAAAAUUUUAACAGGCAGAACAAAAAAAAUAUCCUUGAGAUCUUCAAUGUCUAGUCGAGGCUCUAAAGGUACACAGUCACAGCAUGAAGAUGGUCGGGAUAGUCCUUGGUCUCCAACAGGUAAACCAGAAGAAGAGGAUGUGAUAAAACCUAGUCCACCACCCCCAGAAGAUUAUGGGAUACCACAGUUAGAUCUCAGUGAUAGUGAUUCAGACUCUAGUUCAGAUGAGGACAGCUAUAGGAGACAUGAGGAGGAGGAUUAUAAUUAUAUGCCAAGUAUUGGGCCUCCUAAUAUUUUACAGUAUAAUAGAGAAUCAGAAAAGAAAGAAUUUGAUGUGGAAGAUCCAGAUGCUCGAUUGGCUGAUGAUGAGGUUGAUGACGAUUUUCCAAAAGAUGACCGUGGAUUACAAUAUGGAAUAUUUGGUGGUGUUUGUGAAUUUUGUGGACAUGAUAUACAACCUUUCCCAACCUUAGAACAGCAGUUAAAUUACCCACCAGAUCAACUUUUCUGUUGUGACAGGUAUAGAGAAUUCUUUGAUUUUGCAACGACGACUGCAUUUUCUAUGGCAGAAGAACAGAAGAAGAAAUCAAAGAUGAUUAAUAUCAAAGCACAUGGUCCAUUUUCUGACAAGAAAGCGAAAAAAGCAGCACAAGAACGAGCAGAGAAAAGGAUGAAAGAUAGAGAAAUGGCACGUAGACAGCAAGAAGUAUCUGGAAUGACAACGCAGUCAAACUUUAUGAAUUCCAGGGCAGCACCAUCUGUUGCCCGAAUAGGUGGACCUGGAAUAGCUCCACAGCCGAUUGUCGCUCGUCAAGUCAAGACUAUAAAAUACCAGCUGUCAUCACAGAUGUGUUUAAAUGAAGGCUGGACAAUUAGGCCUCCGAGUCCUGUUCUACCAGAUGAUGACAAUGAUGUGUUCACACCAGAACCAUUAGAUCCUGCCAUGAUUGCUGAUGGAAAGUGGAGAGAAAGACCAAUGAUAGAGAAGUUUUAUGAUGAUGAACAGAAAUUUGUUACUUUGUUUCCAGAUGGUACAGGAAAUGUUUUUUAUCCUAGUGGUAAUUUAGCCAUUUUGGUGUCAUCAGUUAAAUUAGGACAGUAUCAUUAUGUUUUACAUGAUGACCAGCCAAUGCCUAAAACAUUAUCGACCUUUGACCCUGCAGGGUAUGGCAGUUGUUACCAUACAAAUGGAACAGUAAGAUUGUAUUUGGACCAGUUUGGAGGUGUAGAAUUGGAUGAUACAGGUGCCAAGAAAAAGAAAUGGUCGUGGAAAGACCAAGAAACUCAUGUUCAUGCCCCACCUUUCCAACCCAUCUGUUUUGCUCUCAAUAAAAACAUGGCCGUCCGAGUUAUGGGACAGGAAAAUAUAGCUGUAACAUUUAGUGCCAAACAAAGAAGUUGUAGAUUUAAUGUUGGAACCAAACUAAAGUUGGUGGCACCAGAAAAUAUACCUCCAAAAGAAAUAGAUGAUAAUGCAAUAUUCCUUAGUGAGAAGAAAAUCAAAGUAGAGACUUUAUUAGAUAAAGUAGCAACACUAUUGAAAUUCCCGAAUUCUCCAAAAAUAGAUAAAAUCUUGCCUCCUUUACAUUUGACAUCAAAAAGUCUGAAAACAGAAAGAAUGAAGAAAGAAAGAGCAGAUCAAAUCACUGCACAACAGAACAAAAAACCAGGAAAACCUAUACUUGUUGUUAGUUGAUGUGUUAGAUUUUAAAUAGAUGCUUUUAUCAAAACUUAAAAUUUUGUCAUUUAUGAUUUGUGCAGGACUUUUUAACGAAAUUUGUAACUGUUAAAAUUGUAGCACAAGUUUAAAAAAAAAUCAGAAAAGUGGAAAUGUCUGCAUAACAAAAAAGUUUAAAGAGUGACCAUUAUCUGGUUAAUAAGAAAUAAUAUAUUUAAAAAAAAGUCCUUCAUGUAUAAAACUGCUUGUAAUUUCUAUAAAUUUAACUGCAUUGACUUAUUGGACAAACCAAAUAACCAGACGACUAUGAUCAACAACAGAUAUAUGUAAUAUCUUACAGGAUUAAAGCUGGAAAACGUUGUUUCUAUAAGGUUGUUUAAACCAUACAUUGUUGUACAUAGUGUAAUAUACUUGUACAUACAUAGAGCAACAGUGUAAUAUACUUGUACAUACUUAGAGAAACAGUGUAAUAUACUUGUACAUACUUAGAGAAACAUACUGUAUAUGUAUAAAGAUUAUUAUAUUAAACAGUGUGCAAUAAAUGCUAGUUUAAAAUAUUUUUAGUUCCAACAUGAGUUUUUAUUGCUUUGCUAUUCAACAAUGCACAUCCUGUUCAUGGUGCAGCAAUUUUAGAAUGCCAGUUUGGAGUGAAUUUUAUAAUGAUUCCAUUUUUAAAUUUGAAUUUUGUGAUUAAUGUUGGUAGAAAAUACUUCUGCUAAAGUUCAUGUAUGACAUGAACUCCAUCUCCAGAAUACCACAAUGAACCAUCAUUGGUCAAACAAGACAUUUCCAUAGAAAAUGAUGAAAUUGCACAAUUUUUGGUGAAAAUUGUAUGAAAAUCUUACCAAAAUUAUAUAAAUGUCAAAUUAUAAAAAUAUGCAUAUAAAGCAAAGUGAAUAAAGUGUCAUUUGCCAAUAUUUAAACACUUGACAUGCUUUCCAAUAUACUUUUCAUCAAAAUAAUAACUUUUUAUGAUAAAUUUCACAAAAAAUUGUGAAUUGGGCUGCACUACAAUCUAAACAACCCCACUGCCCUGUUAUUUUAUAAUAUUUAUAAUAUGUGAUAUAAUAUUUAUUAUAUUUUAUAAGCUGAUGGUCUUAAAUUUGAGACUGAGCUUCUAAUGAAUUUCAAAUGUUAUGUUGUAUGUUUAUUGCAAAUAUGUUUGUGCUUUUUGUGUCAAAUGACAUGUUGUAUCUGUGAUAAAUAAGCUUUUUACAUACUAGUAUCCAGUAGAAUAACUUAUAGAAAGUGUUAAACUGCUGAUAUAGAACACAUACUGCAAUUUUAUAGAGUAAAAUAUACAUUAAUCUGUCUAAAGUGAACUCUGAAAAAAGUGUCUUGAGAGUUGUAACCUCCAUAUUUUUUAUUCACACUAUUGUCAGUUAAAGAUGAAUUAUUUAAAUUCAAAAGGUUGAUUUGAUCUUCUGAGCUUGUUCUUCAUAACAUUCUCAACAUUUUCUCUGAUCAUUGAAUAAAAUUAUAUUUUCUAUGUUUUCCAAAAACUUUCAAUCACACAGGGAUCAGUUUAGACAGGUAUACAGUUAUUAUUGCUGCAAUUUUACAUGUGUUAAAUUGAUAGAGCUGUACUUUAUUUUAAAAACAACUGCUGAUAUUUACUGUCCAGUUAUUUAAGAUGUAUUUGUGUUGAUAAAAUAAUUGUUUAUAAAAUAAAGAUAUCUGUGAUAUUGAAAUCUUGAAGCCAUUUAUGUAAUGCACAGUACUGACUAUUGUAAGAAGUCAAGUAUAUAAGCACUCAUGAAAUUGCUACAUAUUAAUGUUCAUAUUAAAAUAUAUUUGUGGUAUGUAUGUUCAGAUAAAAGACAAAUAGUAUUUCUAUGUCAAAUAUCCUACAUUUUAGCAAUAUUAUGUUGCAUGUGAUGUUUUUAUCUCACAUGUGAUAAGUGCCCCACCAUGAGUAACUUUGUUUAGGGAAACCAGCUGUUUCAAAUACAUUUAUAUAAACCUUCUCCCCCCUUCUCUUAUCUUGUUAAAUCAAAAAUUUAUAUUGAGAUGGUUUACAAUGAGACAAUGUCUGCCAAUUAUCAUCAGAUGACCUUAACCUCACUUAAAGGCUUAAAUGAUUCGGUAAAUGGUUGAAGUGUUAUUCAAUCUCUUUAAAAUAUUGUAUGAUGAUUUAUGUUAAACUUAUUCUUUCAAACAUUUCACUGCAUGGAAAACUACUGGUAAACAUAUUUUAUUUUAAAACAUUUUUUUUAAAAGACUAGUUUUUUAUGUAAAGAAUAUAUUUUUAAUCUGUUCAUUUGUAAACUGCCAGUUUUAUUUCAUACUCAUCAUUCAAAGAAGCCAUUAAUGGGUUGUUUUUAUAUUUGUUUUACCAUUUUUUUUGCUUGUUGUUGAAUCUCCUAUUUAAUGUUAUAAUAUUAGCAUUUAAACUAGAUAUGCACAUAUUUGUAUUGAAUAUUGAAUGAAAAUCUUUUUUAGCGUUUGAUCAAGGAGCUUUUAGAUAAGCUUAUUUUUAAAUACACUGUUUGACAGAGAAUAAUUCAUUUCAAUAUCUGUAGUAAUUAUAUUUAUUUGUCUUUAUUAGGGAAUUGCAAAUUUUUGAAGCUGCUUUAUAAAAAUAUUUUAUCCAAACAUCACUGUCUGUUUUUUUGUAAUUUUUUCUAGACUUUGGAGUUAUCUUUUUUUAGAGGGGGGGGGGGGACUAUAAUUUUGAAAUAUUAUGCACAAUUUUGGAUUUGUUUUGAAAAUAUUUCUAAAAGUUUGACAUAGUCCAAAGAUUGAUAAAUGGAAUAUGAAAUUUUCACAUCUGUCUAUAUAUCUUAAAAUACUUUGAGUAUGGUUUGACUAGUUGUAAAUGAUAACAUAUUCCAAUAUACACCCAUUUCUACUGGUUAGAAUCAAGAAAUCAAGAAAUGUGGACAAUGAUUGUCCCUAUAAGGCCCUCCGAUGACAUGUCCGUACUAUUUGGUAAAAAAUAUCAUCAAAAUAUGGUUUAAUAGUCAGAUAUUAGGAAAAAAAUAUAGUUUUGUUUUACAAAAUUUGAAAUUCUUGGUUUAUAUUUAUUAACAGAAAAAGAGGUAAGACAACUCAAAUUUAAGAAGUCAAAAGAGUUGAAACCGAAAAUUCUUUGUAAAUUUCAUCUUAAAUGGAUAAAUUUGUUUUCAUCAUCCCAAUGUUACUAUUUAAUUACUGUAACCUUAGAUUGCUUUUAAGAGCAAUACAAUUAUCAUAUUAUAAUGUCUUUGUAUGAUAACUGUACUGAAUGACCUCAUUUAUCAUGAACUAUUUUUCUUUAUAAAUGUUCUUUUUGCACCUGUUUAUUUCAAAGCCUACUACAUAUAGUUUGUGCACAAUAUUUAUCAGACCACUUGUUAUAAUUGUAUGAUUUAACAGCAAAAUAUGACAGUUUCUGAUCAAGUAAAACCUGCAUUUAUACAAGUUA